AUCAGACAGCAGCAGCUGCAGCAGCCGGGGAGCAACGUGGGUUGGAAGAGGCAGUGUGUGUGUUGGUGUGUUUGCGCCUAGUUGGUGGCUUGCACUCUUAACCCCGGGCGCUCUUCGCGUGCACUUAAAUCCAGCCCAGGGUGUUGUGCAACAUGAAAGUAGUGGCUUUAAUCAGUGGUGGGAAAGACAGCUGUUACAAUAUGAUGCAUUGUGUUGCUGCUGGACACCAGAUUGUUGCCUUAGCCAAUCUAAGACCUGCUGAAAACAAAGAAGGGACUGAUGAGCUGGACAGCUACAUGUAUCAAACGGUGGGGCACCAUGCUAUAGAGUUAUAUGCAGAAGCCAUGGGCUUGCCACUUUAUCGUCGCACCAUUAAGGGCACCAGUGUGGAAACUGGCAAAGUAUAUACCAGAUGUGAAGGUGAUGAGGUUGAAGAUCUUUAUAAACUUCUCGAACUUGUUAAGGAUGAGGAGGGUGUGGAAGGUGUUUCGGUAGGGGCCAUUCUUUCAGACUACCAACGGGUCCGUGUAGAAGACGUGUGCAAGAGGCUUACCCUGCAACCAUUGGCUUACCUUUGGCGUCAGAACCAGGAAACUUUGCUCAAAGAAAUGAUCUCCUCGGACCUUCAAGCUAUAAUAAUAAAAGUAGCAGCUUUUGGUUUAGAUCCAGAUAAACAUCUAGGAAAAACAUUGGAUGAAAUGGAACCUUAUCUUUUGGAACUUUCUAAGAAAUAUGGAGUCCAUAUCUGUGGAGAAGGUGGAGAAUAUGAAACAUUCACAUUGGAUUGCCCUCUGUUUAAGAAGAAAAUAGUUGUGGAUUUAUCAGAAGUUGUUGUUCAUUCAGCGGAUGCAUUUGCCCCUGUGGCUUAUCUUCGACUAUUAAAAGUGCACUUAGAAGAUAAGGUGCAACCUCUGAGCAAAGCCCUGGCUGUGAGCUGUUCUUGUGAAAAGCAGUUUGAAGAAAACACAUGGCCCACGUCAGAUGAGCGAAAGGAAGUUGCUUGCAUCAUCUGGGACACUUCUGGACCUACUUCUCUGAAGUCCAAUAAGACGCUUGAAACCUCAGUGAAGUCUCCUCAGGGCUACCAGUGGCUAACAGGAAUCAGUGCUCUCCUAAAUGCAUCGGAAGGAGGAAGCGUGCAAGAAUCGGCUAAGAAUGUCUUUUCGUCUCUCCGAGCUCAUCUGAAUUCAAAAGGAUUGGAAUUGACAGAUAUUAUUUUGGUCCAUCUGUAUAUGAAGAGCAUGAAAGAUUUUGCUGUGAUUAAUUCAGUCUAUGUGACAGCAUUUGAUUUGUGUCCCCCAGCAAGAGUUUGUGUAGAAGUCCCCUUGCCUGAAGGACUUUUGUUUCAGAUGGACUGCCUGGCACAGAAUUAUGAUGGGAUGACUGGUGAGCCACCUUGUCAACAGAAGCAGGUUUUGCAUGUACAGAGCAUCUCUCACUGGGCCCCUGCCAACAUAGGACCUUACAGUCAGUGUGUACAGGUGGGAGAUGUUCUCUACUGUGCAGGGCAGAUCGCCCUAGUGCCGUGUACGAUGCAGCUUGUCAGCGCGGGCAUAGAAGCAGAGGCUUUGGUUUCCUUAAGCCACGUUGAAAAAGUCCUCAAAGCCAUGAGCCACAAUGCUGAACUCCACCAUGUGCUUAUGGCAAACUGUUAUGUAACUGACAGCAAGUACAUUCCUGUCGCUCAAGCUGUUUGGCAGAAGAAAUUAAGAGAACUUAAAAAGGCAGAAGAUGAAGACACGAAUAAUGAUGUGCCUGCAGCAUAUGGAGACCUGGCUGUGAUAGUGGUACCUUCCCUUCCCAGAGCUGCCUCCAUUGAAUGGCAUGUCAUUGCAGCAGUAGAUGAGCAACAGCAAAGGCAGAAGGUUGUGCUGCAGAGGUCACUUGAGAACUUCCAAAUUGAAUGUGAAGCUGUGCAGUCCUGUCCAUCUUGUAGUGCAGCUAUUUCCAUGUCCUUAAACCUGACUUCACCAUCAACAUCUACAAUCAGCUUAGACAGUGUCCUGCAUGACGUGGUGGAAAUGUUUAAGCAAGCAGUAGAGAAGAUGUCAGGAGAUGGUGACACAACUCCUUUGGGUUUCAGAACUUUCUACCGAAAGAAUAUCGUUGAUAUGGAGGCACUAGAAGCAGGACUCCGAGGACAUCUCAAAGAGCAAAUGGGCAGGAAAGCACCAGCUCUAAUUAUGGUACCGGUGGUGGAUUUACCCGGUAACAAAAUUAUUCACAUAGUAUGUUGGCUCAGCCAGUAGCUAAACACUGAGCAUUGGCCUGUUCAUUCUACUAUAAAAGCAAGAAGACAUCACGUGACUGUAUUGAAAAUGAUGGUGGCGCAUUAAGAAGCAGGCCUGUCUGUACCUGAAACCUUUGGCAAAAGAUACCUUUUCCCCAACUUUUCACCAUGGGAAUUUUUGAAUAUCAUCUAGUAUCUGACAGGGAAUUUAAAUGUCACAUCCAUAUCUCCACAAUCUCUCCUGCCUUGUAGGAGAUCUUUGGUAUCUUUCCUAACCAGGAUCAGAUCAUACUUCGUUGCUUUAACAUAACCUUUAUAGAAGACUGCUAAGUUUACGUGGAAAAUCCCUUAAUUACAUUUAUACAUCCUUUGGUAGUUUUGGGGAAGAUUCUCAACAUGUUGUCCUUAAUUGGUAAUUUCCUCAUACUGGUGUACCUUCUGUUGAUCGGAGUCUUGCUUCAAGGGAAUGCGCUAUUUAUGCUGACACAGCCCUCUUAAGCUUAAUGUACUGUACUGUCAUAAGUACAGUAAAUGGCCCCAUAUUGCCUAAGAUCCAGAGUCCUGUACACACAUGAGGAUCCCAUCAUUAGCUCUGAGAGGAAAACAGCUGCCAAAGCUCAAGGGGCUCAUUCAUGCCCCAUAGCAGACUGCAGGAAAACCUAACUGAGUACUCAGAAUGGAUCCACUGCCAAUUUGUUGUAAAAAAUGAAGCUUCAGAGAGCGCCUCUUAGUAUUCAUAGCAUGCAAAUGCAAAUCCAUCACCGCAGCUCCAGCAUUACUGGUACAGCCUUCCCUAAAUAGACAUUUCCGGGGAGGGGCAUCUGCAGAAGGCCAUCAUCUCCUGCAUUGCAGACAAGAUGGGAGAGCUUUACUAGGCAGCAGCAGCAGCUUCAACUCAGCCUGCUGGCAUGGUGGCAGAUCUCUAGAUUGGGAUUACCAAAUGGAGUCUCUUGACUCGGGGGCUUUUCCUCCUCCGCUGCACCCUUUGCCACAUGUGGUGGUAGUGGCAGCACAUGUCCAAGCAUCAGUUUCUGCAUGGGGGGAACAUCAUUAGCUAGAUGUCUGCCAUUGAAACUAGACCUUCCAGCAGCAUGCCUUCAAACAGGGAUUGACUUCUCAAAAGUCACCUGGACAAUUCUGGACUGCAGUUGGUGCAAAUGGAAUUAAACUUGGUGCAGUUACAGAAUAUGGAAGCUGCUCUGUUCAGUAAUUCCAUGGAGAAACAUUUUGCUAAACCAAGGUCCGUAUUUUGCUCCCAUUGUCUUAAAUGUAUUAUUACAUGGAUCUGGCUGCCAGGAUCUUCCUGCAGCCAUGAGAUGAAAGUUUUGCAUUGUGCAAAUUACUGAUUAAAUUUAUCCAGCUUUGAACUGAGCUUCUGGCUGUGUUUUACAGCGUUUUACAAGCAACCCUUUCAUAGAAUCAUAGAGUUGGAAGAGACCACAGGGGCCAUCCAGUCCAACCCCCUGCCAAGCAGGAAAUACCAUCAAAGCAUUCUUGACAUAGCCUCUGCUUAAAGACCUCCAAAGAAGGAGACUCCACCACACUCCUUGGCAGCAAAUUCCACUGCUGAACAGCUCUUACUGUCAGGAAGUUCUUCCUAAUGUUUAGGUGGAAUCUUCUUUCUUGUAGUUUGAAUCCAUUGCUCCAUGUCUGCUUCUCUGGAGCAGCAGAAAACAACCUUUCUCCCUCCUCUAUAUGAUAUUCUUUUAUAUAUUUGAACAUGGCUAUCAUAUCACCCCUUAACCUUCUCUUCUCCAGGCUAAACAUACCCAGCUCCCUAAGCCGUUCCUCAUAAGGCAGCGUUUUCAGGCCUUUCCUCACUCCCAUCACUCCCAGCAGCCAACUGUUGAGGGCUGGAUGCCCCUUAGAAACUUUCUUAGCCCAAAGUUAUGUGAGUGAAUUAUACUCACAGGCUUAAUUUGCCAGUAUCUGCAACAAGCCCACAGCUGAAACUAGGGUUGCCAGACUCAUUAGAGGACAGGACUUCUGUGCCUUUAAUUGCCCUGCUCCCUUUUGAGUCUGGAAACCUUAAAGAGAAGCUUGGAAAUUAAACAAAGGGUCUGCUGGUUUCUCUUUAAGGCACAGAAGUCCUGUCCUCUAUUGAGUCUGGCAACCCUAGCUGAAACCCACUUUUCCAAUUUUCUCCUAAUGUUCAAACCAAAUCUACUCUCCUGUAACUUAAGCCCAUUCAAGCUAGACUUUGUCCUAGUCUAUGUUGCAGAACAUUAUCUAGGGCAGAAUACAACUAAACACUAGCAGUUUUGCCUGAACAGCGGAACUUUGCCUCCCUAUUUACUCCCUCUGUGUCCCUGCUCCAGAAGGCUGGAGGGAAACCCAGAACUUACUUAGGGGGCUCAAUAGAAGACGAGAGAGGGGGGGAAGUUCUGUUGCACAGCCCAAAGUGCUUGCAUUAGUGGAGCUGUUAAGUAUUUGAAGACCCACGAUGAAAGCAUUUUUAGGUAGGAUAAGACAGGUCUCAAUGGUUCCAUUUCGAUUAUGGAAUUACUUGCCCCACAAGGUAUGGCUGCCCCCCGAUCCCUCACUGUUUUCCAUUGUUUACUAAAGACCAUUUUAUUCUAACAGACUUUUCUGGUAUGUGACAGAUAACAUUUUAUGCUUCAUUUUGACUGCUGGGUUUGUCUCCUUGAUCUAUGUGUUUUCUAUACUUGUUUUCACAAAUUUGUAAUAUUUUAAGUUGUGAGCCUGCAUGGUGCUGCUGCAAUGGGAUGACAGGACUUCAACAUUUUAAUAAAAUAAAUUGUUGUUGUUGUUGUUUAAAUUUGUAUACCACUAUACCUACAGGUCUCAGGGCGGUUCACAAGAUAAAAUCACAAUAUAAAAACACAAAAUAAAUAAUCAAAAUAAAAGCAAGGGCAACCCAAUAAAAUCAUGCACAGUCCCUUAAGCCUCUUGUAUGCCUCGUUUUCUAUUCCAUAGCCCAUCUUCGUUGUCCUCCUCAUAAUCAGUUCCAAUAUGCCUGUAUCCUCCUGAAAGUGCAGCACUGGGUCCAGUACUCUGAAUGAGGUCCUAGUAACACAGAACCAAGUGUGACUAUUAUUUCACAGGACUGGAAAUUUUUUCAUGUGAUCAUAUGCUGAUGGAAGGGUAUCCAUUAGCAUAAUGGAGAGGAAGGCAAUUUCCAAUUUACCCCUCCCUAUAGUGCCCUACAUCCCCCCUAAAUCUGCUAUUGGCAUCCCCCAACACUGUGGAACAGAUACAGAGGGAAUCACACGGGGGAAGGGAAAUUGGCAAAAAUUGCCUCCGCACUUCCUCUGACAGAUUCCAGCCAUAAUUGGAUACUACUCUACGGUUUUAUUAAUGGAUACCUAAAUCGCAUUAGACUUUUUUGCAGCCUCAUCAGAUAGCUGACUCAUAUUCAGCUUGUGAUUGAUUAUAAUCCCAAUAUCCUUUUCAUGUGUACUACUGACAAGUCUUUUGGAAAGAGGAAAGCAUAGGAGUGCUUAAAAAUUGUCCCAGCACAGCCUGAAUGAGGUCAUAUUUCAUUUUCUUUCUUUUUUUACUGAACAACACUGUGCUGUCAACCAAUGUACUGGCACAUUGGUCAUAAGCAAUAUUUAUUUUAAUCUGUACAACUUUCUCAUAACUGGCAAAUGACUGGGGUAUGUUAGUUAAACUUUUUAACUUUAGCAUCUCUCUGUGUGUGUUUAUCCCCCCCCCCUUUCUUGUGGCACUGAAAUAAGUUUGAAAAUGAUACAGGUUUUAUAUUUAUCAAGACAGUUUUAAUCUCAUGUUGGGAUCUUCUAUUGCUUCAGAAACAAGAGUGAGCAGGCAAUAAGUUAACAAACAGAAAAUGGGAUGAAGGCCAAAGCUUUGAAGGGUGUCAGAGCUGGCUCACAGGUACUCCCAAAAAACACAGAACUGUGAUCUGUACUACGUCCACAUUUAAAGCAGCAUUGGUUAAGGGUGCCGAGAGUUGUUAGGAGACUCCUAUUCCCUUCAGAGAGCUGCAGUUCCCAAAAUUAUCUGAGAAAAGAGAUGGAUUAUUAACUCUUGGUACCUUUAACAAACCACUGCUACACCUGCUGAGAGUCUGACGGCCCUCCUCCUGCCUCUCUCCAUCAGGCCUAGGACUGAUGGACUACAAAAGGACUGCUGCUGCCCAGCAGAGAGUACUGUUUACAUUCUUUUAAACUGCUUUUUAAUUGUGUGCUUUUUAAAUAACAAUAAUUGUUUUUAACUUUUUAUAUGUGUGGAGGGCUGUUUCUGUUUAUAUUUUGAUUGUGUAUGUUGUGUUUUUAAAUUCUAAUUUUAUCCUGUGAACCGCCCUGAGAGUGCGGGUAUAGGGCGGUAUAUAAAUUUAAAUAAUAAUAAUAAUAAUAAUAAUAAUAAUAAUAAUAAUACAGCUACCAGGAUUCUUUGGAGGAAGCGAUGGCAGAAGAAGAAGAAGAAGAAGAAGAAGAAGAAGAAGAAGAAGAAGAAGAAGAAGAAGAAGAAGAAGAAGAAGAAGAAGAAGAAGAAGAAGAAGAAGAAGAAGAAGAGGAGGAGGAGGAGGAGUAGGAGUAGUUUGGAUUUGAUAUCCCGCUUUAUCACUACCCGAAGGAGUCUCAAAGCGGCUAACAUUCUCCUUUCUCCACAACAGACACCCUGUGAGGUGGGUGGGGCUGAGAGACUUCAGAGAAGUGUGACUAGCCCAAGGUCACCCAGCAGCUGCAUGUGGAGGAGCGGAGACACGAACCCGGUUCCCCAGAUUACGAGUUUGCCACUCUUAACCACUACACCACACUGGUUUAAGGUGGUAUAAUACUGCUUUGAAUGUAUGCUGCAGAUGGGGCCUGAUUUUUUUUGCACAAGCCAGCUUCAUUUCCAUCUUGGGGAGCCCCCUGCAGAUGCCGAAUGGCGUAACACCGAAAAGAACGGAACAGCAAUUGCUAUCAAAGAGCUCUAGGGCAGUGUUUCUCAACCUUUUUUGGGCCACGGCACACUUGUUCCGUGAAAAAAAUCACGAGGCACACCACCAUUAAAAAGGUUAAAAAAUUUAACUCUGUGUCGCCCUAUAUUAUAAUUAUGACUGUAAGAAACACUUGCCAAAUAUUGCUUUCCGGUGGGUCAGUGUUGUGUAUUGGCGGCCGCCAGGCUCGUUUGCACUCAGCUUUGGGAAAGAGGAGGAGAAAUAUUGCUUUCCGGCGGGUUAGUGCAUAGCAUUGGCGGCCGCCAGGCACGUGACAAUGCAAAUCGCCCUUCUCGUCGCCGCACGUCGCGGCACACCAGCCAGCAUCUCUCGGCACACUAGUGUGCCGCGGAACAGCGGUUGAGAAACGCUGCUCUAGGGUAUCAUCAUAAAGGAACUGGGAGGAGUUCAUGACAUAGUUCCUUGCCACAGCAGCUUCAACUCUCCCAAAUCUAGGGCAUUGCUGAUGUGGGAAGAAGCUGCAUCAUGGGCAACAAUGCCCUAUGGCCUGGGUGUUACCCCAGUGGUCCAGGAAGAAGUUGUGCUUCUGCAUCUCCCACAUCACUUGAGUAACAUCUCUAUGUUAGAUUGUGCCCCAUGUGUGUACCUGGAUAGCUCAGUGGUUUCCCUCACAUCCAAGGAGCCUGGAAAGUGUUUCAAGCAUAUUUCCUCCUCUUACUUGUAAUAUUGCUUUCAUUUUAAGAGAAAGUUAUCAACCUACUAUUUAUUUGUAUUACCUGCACAAAUGAUGCCAGACUUUCAAAUAUAUCAGUAUGUGGUCCUCAUGAGAAGACUCCCUGGAAAGGACCCUGAUGUUGGGAAAGAUUGAGCACACAAUGAGAAGGGGACGACAGAGGAUGAGAUGGUUGGACAGUGUUCUCGAAGCUACCAACAUGAGUUGGACUAAACUGUGGGAGGCAGUGGAAGACAGGAGUGCCUGGCGUGCUCUAGUCCAUGGGGUAACAAAGAGUUGGGCAUGACUAAACGACUAAACAACAACAACUGUUUGAGUUUCAACUCUUUUACAACCAUUUUUAAUGUCCACUUAUAAUUUUAUAUUGGGUGCAAAAGAAAACACACUAGUCUAGGCAGGGUUUGGAGGUUGACAAUUGAAUAAAAGGAAACUUAUAAAGGAAACUUUAUGUGAAGCCUUCUGGUAACACUGACUUUUUGUCUUUGGAAUAUUUCACAUUUGUUCCCUGUUGUAUAUCAGCCAAGUUUGCUGAGUUUUUAAAUAGGAACAAGGCAAUUUGUUCAAUAUUGAUAUGCAAGUUUGGUGCUGCUUCACUUAGAGACCCGGGACUUACGCAAUAAAAUAAAGCAUCUUAACACCUUUUAAUCUUUUUUUAACUCUGAAAUACUUUCAUCAUAACUACCUGGCCUGCUGGAAGAGAGAAAUUUCAAACAGCACCCCUUUCUCUCUCUCCUGGUCUCUUUGUAACCAGAUUGUGUGUUCUGACGCGGGAGGAGAAAUGGAGUAAAGAGGUUUAAUAUUUGAAAUUUAUAAAUACUAAAAAAACAAAAAGCUACACCAGAUUGACAGUGCAAUAGAUUUUACCUAGGCAGGUUUUGAUCUCAGGAGUGUAAAUACGAAUGCCACAGUAAGACAUUAGUUUUCAGGGCUUAAAAAAAUAGAUAUACAAACAAAAGAAUUUUUUUUUCGGUUUCCUUGAUUUGUAUUAAACCCCCAGGAAAAUUUACAAUUUAUUCAUGUUAUGACUCACAAGGUACGCCAAUGCUGCAAAUGCAAGCUUGAGAGAAAGAGCAUUUCAAUCCAAAAGGGAAUCUGUGUUAACAGUAUGCAGCCUGGAAAUUCUUUCUUUCUUUCUUUCUUUCUUUCUUUCUUUCUCUCUCUCUCUCUCUCUCUCUCUCUCUCUCUCUCUCUCUCUCUCUUUUUCAGUGUAUCUAAAGAUGAAUAUCAAGACAAUAUAUUAGUAGUAAUAAUAACAACCAUUACAUACAAUCAAUUUAUGUAAUAGCUGCAGUGCUAUGUAUACACACUUACCUGGGAGUAAGCCCCACUAAUAUAGACUUACUUCUGAGUAGACAUGCAUCAGCACGUGCUAGAAAGUCUUUAAUUACAGAAAAGGAGAUUAAACGGAAUGAUUAAGCAGGACGACAAGAGGAAAACUAGUGGAAUAUAACUUUCUGCUUCUCUCUUCCUGAAAGCUGUCGAAAUGAUAGCUUCGGUGCUAGCGAGCCUUUGCAGUACACAUGGCUGAGCUGCCAUAAAAGCACCAGAGCCGAUCUUCCUAGAUAGGUUAAAAGAUGACACUGUGGUAUUUUAAGCAGGGAUUAUUUGAUUCACCCCUCCCCCAGUUUUAUAGGGAGGUGAAUCAAAAUCUGAUUUGUUGCACCAGGUAUCACUGGUGCAUCUUUCUGCCCAGGCUUUGGAAUUUGUGCAGGUGUUGGAAGCGGAAUGUCUCCUGAGGAAAAAAGAGGUGAUCUGAAGCAAGCGGUUCUCCUUCAAGGAUGCUCUGUUCAAUCCAUUGUCUCGCGUUGGUGUGCUAUAGUCUAUCAAAAUACAGUGAUUGAAUAAAACAUUUUAUCUCAAAUAAAUGAAUUCACUGAUUUAAUAAAGAUUCUACUGUGUGGUAUUAUAGUUCCCCAGAUGAACACUGAAAUUUGAAAUGUGCAAGGUUUUCAAGUGUCCAAGUUAAAUCAUGGCGGCCUCUCUAAAAACAAGAUUACUUCUACAAACCCAGUUAAAAUAAAAACUGCCCUCCGCUUUUUGAUUAGACUCUGGCACUUAUUUUUAGGUAACCUGCUUUUACUAUUAUAACUGUGUCUGGCACUGGAGAUUCAUAUUAAUAAGAGUUGACAAUUUACUAAUUUAUGAUCUCUUUCCGUGUAUUUUAGUGUUUUUGGCAGGCUAGCCGGUGUUGAUGUAUUAGCUAAGCAUUCAAACUACAGUACUGACUUGAGAUCUUGAAAGCUUUUUUAAAAAAUAUAUAUAUAACUUACUUUCAUCAGAACACUGAAAUUUUUAGACAUAUUUAAAAUUUACAAAAAAAGACUGGAUACCUGAGAAAUGAAUCCUUAUGUUACAUGCAAAUCUCCACCCCCAUUUUUUUUGUCGACACACUCCUUCAUCUUUUAUUCUUGUUUUGGGGUGUCUUUUUCUCAAAUGUUGUUUUUCAAGUCAUUCUUUCUCCGUUUCUUUGAAUUGUGUACAACUGUUUAUUGGCAAUACCUAGAGCAGGGAAUGUGAUGCCUUCUCGUUGUUCUUGGCCUGCUCCAUAAGCCCUGCUCAUUGGUAAUGCUGAUUAGGGUUGAUGGGAAUUCUAGACCAAGAACAUCUAUAGGAUGCCACAUCAGCAUACCCUCCAACAUUUCUCUGAUGAAAAUAGGGACGUCCCAUUCCAUAAUGAUAAUUUUACUAUUUAUACCCCACACAUCUUGCUGGGUUGCCCCUGCCACUCUAGGCACCUUCCAACAUAUAUAAAAACAUAUUUAGAAUUUUCCUUAUAUAGGAUUGUCUUCAGGUGGCUUGGGCGUUGGAUAACUUCAUACCUUCCAACAUUUCUCCAGUUAAAAUAGGGACAUCCUAAGGAAAAGUGUCGGGGACGCAGGUGGCGCUGUGGGUUAAACCACAGAGCCUAGGGCUUGCUGAUCAGAAGCUCAGCGGUUUGAAUCCCUGUAGAAGAAGAGUUUGGACUCGAUAUCCCGCCUUUCACUCCCCUGAAGGAGUCUCAAAGCAGCUAAGGAUCUCCUUUCCCUUCCUCCCCCCACAAUAAACACUCUGUGAGGUGGGUGGGGCUGAGAGACUUCAGAGAAGUGUGACUAGAAGGUCACCCAGCAGCUGCAUGUGGAGGAGCGAGGACCAUAGCUGCCAAGUUAUCCCUUAUUUUAAGGGAUUUUCCCUUAUGCUGAAUAGGCUUCCUCGCGAGAAAAGGGAAAACUUGGCAGCUAUGGCGAGGACGCGAACCCGGUUUACCAGAUUACAAGUCCACCACUCUUAACCACUACACCACGCUUGCUGUCAUUGUGCUACCAGGCCCAUUUAGGGUGUUAGUACUAGGACUUGGGUCCUAGCCACUCACUUUGUACUCAGGGACCCAAGUACUUAAAAGAUUCCCAACCUCACUAUCGCCUUAUGAUCACCAGGAGAGACCCCAUUGGUGGUGCUGGUGCUGAUCAGCUGGCAUUGACCCAUGGCUUUUAAAAAUAUAUUUGUAUUGUUUUUAUUGUUCUGCUGUUGUGGCCUUGGACUCUUUGGGGAAGGGGAGGAGGAUGCUUUCCCUAAUAAUUACUGAAAUGUGUUUGAAGUUUCACAUUUAAAGAUAAGUUUUCGCACGGGUUGGGUUAUUAUUCAAUUUGAUAUCAUUGUUUGAUAUCAUGGGCCACCCUGUGCUGUCAUUUUGUGCCAACUUCCCCUGAAAGCAGCAUGGACCUUCUGACUCCAGGAAUACUGCUCCAGAAGAAGGACCUGGUGCUUUUUUUUUGGACUUUCUAGGUGUCACUUUUCGGAAAGCGAGAGAGAGGGAGAGAACUGCUUCUUGGAUAUAUUUACCAUGUACAAUAUGGCACAAUAAAAAAAUGCUAAUAUUGAAGUGGGACUUAAAUUGCAUUUUCACCUUCCUUUAUUCCUCUUGAGUUCCUUCUCCAUGUCUGAUUAACUUGUGUCCUGCUGUUUACACUUCAAGAACGGGGCCUCCAAAUCUGCUGUGUAUAGUCACUCUUGAGUGGUUGGCAGGUAAGUCGCUGCCAUUCCUUUCAUUUAACACAAUCUCAAGGAAUACGUGGGAAUAUUUACCUUGCAGCCAAAUAUACUGAUCAUAAUAAAUGAAAGUAAUCAUGGACACCUCAAAUGAGUCAUUAGAGUGUUUCCUGCCUUUGAAAAGCUGCUUUAAUACUGUUGAUUGCCUUGCAAGGUAAAAGGCACAGUAUAAAUUAGCUCAUUGAUGACAGCAUGGAAAUCUCCACAUGGUGGUCCUUGACAGCCUCUCUGUUCUUGGUGCAGGAAUAAAAGAUAGUGGCUUUCAGAGCCAGGCAUUUAGCACUAGUCUGUUUUCAGGUGUGUGGGGGUAAUUAUCUACAUAAUAUAACUAUUUCAAUAGCUAAACCAGUUACCCCUAUUGGUGUUUGGUUUCCGCAGUGCAAGACACGACACUCUCUAUAGCACAAUCC